AUGACCCUCAUCGCCCUCUUCCUGAUCCCCGUCCUGCCCUCAAUCCCUUCGCCGGCGCCCGCUCUCCUAACACACCUCACUCUACAUCUCCCCUCCCGGCCGCUCACGACAGCGCCAAGCCCAUUCACUCUCACACACCAUCUCUUCGCCUCGACCUCCUCACUCCUGCCAUCUCUCGCCUCUACGCGGCAGUACACCUCGCUGCUGACCCUCAGCCACACACCCCAACACACCUACGUAGGCACCACCUCCAACAACGAAAACGUACAACAGCUCGUCAUCUCCACGAGCUCAGCGGAAGGGUUCUUGCACCUCUUGCACACUAAACUCCAGCCGUUAUGGUCACCUCGCCAAACCCUGCUCGUCACGGACGGCACCGCUCUAGCAGUCAAUGUCUCAAUUGGCACUUUGUAUGUGCGUGUCGGGGACCUGAAGCUGGCGCAGCGACAGGGCCAGAAUCCCGGCGCGGGCAACGCUCUGAGGGGCGUCCUGCUACAGAUCACGUGGCCGGAAGUCGAGGGCAUGGCGGGCGAAAAGGCUAGUGCGGAGCACGAGGGCGCGGUGAGAGGGCUGGUGGAGGCAAUGCUGGCUGGAGCGGGCUGGAGCGGCAAGAUGGACGAAGUGCGCGGUGUCGCGGGCUAUGGCGAGGCAGAAGAGCUUCAAGAGUCCGGUGAUGGCGAGAAAGGCAGAGAGUCUCAGAAGAGGCAGGGGGCCGGCGGUCGAAUGGCGACGGCCGCGCUAUACAUGGAAAUGCUACGCAGCAAAGCGUAA